CGCACCGAAGCGAAUUGUCUGACAAAUAAGCAGAGCACACUUUUCCAGCUUCCAAAUCGAACACUAUACAUAUAUUCAACCGAAACCGGCAAUUUCCAUUUCCUCCAUACGCAGUGCAGAAAUGGCGAAACCUGACAAGUCGAAGCCCAGUAUUCCCCAAUACGUCCGUUCCUCCGCCAAAGUCCACCCCGACUUCGAUGCCGACCCCAACUCCUACUCCCUCGAAAAAUUCAAGCUCUACGAGACCAGACAGCGAUUUUACUUGAUCGGAAGCGAUCGGAACAAGCGCUUCUUCCGGGUCUUGAAAAUCGACCGCUCGGAGCCCGACGAUUUGAAUAUCAGCGAAGACCCGGUUGUGUACUCGCCGCAGGAGAUCAAGAGCCUGCUGCAGCGAAUCGCCGAGGGAAAUCGCGCCACCGGCGGCCUUACUUUUGUCGCCAAGGUUUUCGGGAUCGCCGGUUGCAUUAAGUUUCUGGAAUCGUAUUACUUGAUUUUGGUCACCAAGCGUCGCCAAAUAGGAAGCAUAUGUGGUCAUGCGAUUUAUAGCAUAGAUGAGAGCCAGUUGGUUACUAUUCCGCACGUCACGAUUCAAACUGAUGUUGCUCAUUCUAAGACCGAGUUGCGGUACAAGAAACUUCUAUCCAGUGUUGAUUUGACCAAAGAUUUUUUCUAUAGUUACACGUAUCCUAUAAUGCAGAGAUUGCAAAAGAAUGUGUUAGCAAUGGGCGAAGAAGGGAUGCCGUAUGAUAAUAUAUUUGUAUGGAAUGCCUAUCUAACACAAGCUAUUCGAUCAAGGUGCAAUAACACAAUCUGGACAAUAGCAUUGGUGCAUGGCCAUUUUAAGCAGAUUAGGCUAUCAAUCUUUGGUAGGGACUUCAGUGUUUCUCUGGUCUCUAGACGCUCUCGGCAUUUCGCAGGAACACGUUACUUGAAAAGGGGAGUGAAUGAUAGGGGAAGGGUUGCAAAUGAUGUUGAGACAGAGCAGAUAAUCCUCGAUGAAGAAGCUGGCUCAUGCAAAGGAAAAAUGAGUUCUGUUGUCCAGAUGCGUGGCUCGAUUCCCCUUUUCUGGUCACAAGAAGCUUCAAGACUUAGUCCUAAGCCUGAUAUUAUAUUACAGAGAUAUGACCCCACAUAUCAAGCUACCAAACUACAUUUUGAAGACCUGGCAAUGAGAUAUGGCAACCCAGUUAUUGUGCUUAAUUUGAUCAAGACUGUCGAAAAAAGGCCUCGAGAAAUGAUGCUGAGGCGUGAGUUUGCAAGUGCAGUUGGGUACUUGAAUCAAAUAUUUUCGGAAGAAAACCAUCUUAAAUUUAUUCACUGGGACUUUCACAAGUUUGCAAAAAGCAAGUCUGCCAAUGUUUUAGCAGUUUUGGGUGCUGUGGCAAGUGAGGCGCUUGAUUUGACUGGUUUUUACUACAGUGGCAAACCUAGCGUUGUUAAACGGAGGCUCAAUCAAUUAAGUCGGACAAGCACGGGAAGAAUUCCAAACGCUGGGGACGUUCCAAGGUUUGAAAGCAGUAAUGAAACUCUAAAUUCUUCUGUUAAUCGGGACAGGGAAUCUGAUAUUAUGCAACAGAAGAAAAAUGAUAAUUUUAGUGGUGAACCACCACAUUUUCAAAGCGGUGUUCUGCGCACGAAUUGUAUUGAUUGUUUGGAUCGUACAAAUGUUGCCCAGUAUGCUUAUGGCCUUGCAGCUCUAGGCCGCCAACUUCAUGCAAUGGGUUUGACAAAUCUGCCCAAAGUGGAUCCUGAUAGCACUAUUGCUGCAGCUCUCAUGGAUAUGUACCAGAGCAUGGGAGAUGCUCUUGCACAGCAGUAUGGUGGCUCUGCAGCUCACAACACCGUAUUUCCUGAGAGGCAGGGAAAGUGGAAAGCUACAACCCAAUCAAGAGAGUUCCUGAACUCUAUUAAGCGAUACUACAGCAAUGCUUACACUGAUGGUGAAAAGCAAGACGCCAUAAAUUUAUUUUUGGGUUACUUCAAACCACAGGAAGGGAAACCUGCUCUCUGGGAGCUGGAUUCUGAUUACUAUCUUCAUGUAUCUGGAAUUGAUGACCCUCUCUUUGAUGUGAGUUCACAAGGAAAUGAUACACGCUUAGGAGGAAUGGGAGACACUCUUGCCCCUAUUCCUGCUUGCAGAGAAGAUUUUUUGAGGAUGAAGUUGACAUCCUUUGAUAAAUUGAUUGAAAGGACAUGUAGUUCAAUAAAGGAUGUUAGACUUUGUAGUGAACCAGAUCAAAGACCAGGCGGUAGUACUGCAAAUUCAAGUGUGGCGCCUGAUGCAGCUGAAAUACAGUUGAAAAGCCCAAAUUGGCUUUUUGGCCAGAGAAAAUACGAAGAAAGUGGCUCUGCACCAAAAGUUACUUCACAUGAAAUCGGUAAUGGAGGAUCCCAUAACGAGACAGGGGUUGAUGGAUUUUGUGACUUGAAUUGGCUUGCAUCUGAAGCCAAUGAUACUGAGGAGGAUAUCUUCCAGAGGUACCUUUCAAUGACAUCAGUAGAUGAAACCAAUGGGUGGUACGGUGGGACACUGCUAGGUGAUCAAGAUGAAAACAGUGAGAUAUAUAAGCACUAUGCUGAGUUAUGUCAGGGCACUGGCAUUGAGCCUUUCAAAAAUGAUGGUGAAAUGGAGAAGCACUAUGCUGAUGCUCUUCAUAUGGGAACAAUUAACAUUGUAGAUGAUGCAGCUGUUGAGGUAGAGAUGGAAGCCGCCCUCAAGGAAUACGACCAAAUUAGUAGUGAUCUCGGGAGCAUCCCUGCAUCGUGUAAAUCGUUAGCAGAAGAUCCGAGCUGGUUGACGAGGUGGAUCAUUGGUGAAGAGAAAGUUGAGAGGAUUUGAAGAGAGAUAUUUGGUAUUGCGUAUACUUUUGAUUUUUGUUUCUUCCAUUGUUUCUUAACUAUGAAUGCAAUCGUAGAGAUAAAUGAAGUGUAAGAGGCAAAUAUUUUGAGUAAAUCGUGCGAUGUACAUGGCUGUAGCAUCGAACAUGUGAAUAUAUGUAAAUACAAUUUGUUCAAAAUCAGUUCCAAGUUUCCAAUUUCAUGAAGUCCGAUAACUCCUCAUAUUCCAUGUUAGGGGUCCAUGUUUAGGGUGGUUGGUACCCGGGAAUCUGAUAUAGAGGAGUUAUCGGACUUCAUGGCAUAUGCAAACCUGGGAGGGAUUAUUUGAGCUGGUUGAAGGCCUGCCAGCGGCAGUUUUAUACACGACAAUACUCCAAUGUUUUCA